AUUCUCAGCCUCAUUAGCACCCCUGGCAGUGCUGGCACCCUGUGCCUGGCCACCCGCCCAGGGAUGUGACAGGUCAACACCCCGACAGGAUUUACCUCCCUGUGACGGGUGCCUCGGGCCAGCGCUCGCCUGGGCUUGGGAAUGCGGUAGGUGGGGAAUGAGGAUGCUCCGGGCUGUGCCAGGCUCCAAACUGGGAAUGGGGCUGGUAGUUCGCUGCCAGCUGAGCCCACACCAAAAAUAUACCAUGAAUGAAAAAAAAUAUAUACCAUGGGUGCUUUUCUCCUGCAAAAAUAUAAGCCGGUCUCAGCCUCUGGUGAAACUGAGGCAGCGCCUGCAGUGGUGCUCUGGGCUGGGCUGUGAUUUCAAUUAGCCCCAGGGCAAUUAGUGCUGCUCCCAGGGCACUGGGCAGGAUUCACAGCCGCAGCGGGGUCCAUCGCGUGGUUGCUUGGUGGCUGGAUCAGAACUGGGGGGGUCCCAAAGGCUCACUGGGGCAGAGACUGGGGCACCAAAUGCCUUUACGGGGGAUUCUCCAUCCUCUCUAAUCCUGGAGGCUGCAUCCAUGUCCUAGGGGGUGCCCAUGGGGGGGUGUCCCAGAGGAACAUCCCCCCCCUCGCCAUCAGCAGCACGGAGGGUGCUGGGUGAUGGACACCCCCCCCUCCCCCUAAGCGGGUGGCUGUGGGUGCUUUGCAGCCGGCCUGGCUCUCCCUCCCCCGGCUCAGCUUUGCACACGAGUCCCCGGCGCCGCGCUUCACACGGGCCGAGGUCACCGGCUGCCACCAGCGCCGGCCACGCUCUGGGGUCACCGCCUUGGCAGGAGGAUGGCAGCCGGCGAGGAGAAACAACACCUGCUGAGCGAGGCUGCAAGCGGCAGGUCCUACCUGGGGGCCACAGAGAAGAACGGGGUGCAGGGACAGGAGCCCUCCCUGGAGCUGGGGGCACGGCGUGGCCAGCACUGCCACACGCGGGGGGCCACGAGCCACCCCGGCCAGCAGCAGCGCGCACGCAGGAAGCUCUACUUGGCCGCCGGCAUCUGCCUCGUCUUCAUGGUGGGGGAAGCCGUGGGUGGGUACCUGGCGCACAGCCUGGCCAUCCUGACGGAUGCAGCCCAUCUCCUGACGGACUUCGCCAGCAUCAUGAUCAGCCUCUUUGCACUUUGGGUGUCCUCACGGCCCCCCACUAAAACCAUGAACUUUGGAUGGCACCGGGCAGAGAUCCUGGGGGCCCUGCUCUCCGUGCUCUCCAUCUGGGUGGUGACGGGUGUCCUGGUUUACCUGGCGGCCCAACGCCUGCUCUCGGCCGACUACGACAUCGAGGGCAGCGUCAUGCUCAUCACCUCCGCCUGCGCCGUGGCCGUCAACAUCGUGAUGGGGGUGGCCCUGCACCAGACGGGCCAUGGGCACAGCCACGGGGCUGCUGGCGAGCAGCCCAACGCCAGCGUCCGUGCUGCCUUCAUCCACGUCGUGGGGGAUCUGCUGCAGAGCGUCGGUGUCCUCAUUGCAUCCUACAUCAUCUUCUUUAAGCCUGAGUACAAGUAUGUGGAUCCCAUCUGCACCUUCUUCUUCUCUGCACUGGUGCUGGGGACGACGCUGAGCAUCCUCCGCGAUGUCCUCCUUGUCCUCAUGGAGGGCACCCCCAAAGGGAUGGACUUCAACGCCGUGCGGGAAACGCUGCUGGCGGUGGAGGGCGUGGAGGCCGUGCACAGCCUCCACAUCUGGGCUCUGACUGCAGCGCAGCCGCUGCUCUCUGUGCACAUCGCCAUCAGUGGAGAGCUACUCGGAGGAGAUGCGGGACUGCCAGGAGUGCCAACCUCCCCGCGACUGAACCCCCUCGCGUGUCCCACUCCGGGGACGUGUCACACGUGGAAAAUAAAACGGAGCAAAGGGCUGGGUGCGUGCAGGGGAGGUUGUUGGGUCUGGUGGCGCUGGGGCGUUAUCUCGGGUGUCUGCUCGGAGCCAAGGCAGCAAGGACAGAGCCAGGGCUGCAGCGGCCGGAGGAGAGCAGCUCUUGGAAGCUGGUGGCCUUGAUUUUUCCUAUUUCUAUUCAGGUGAGGGGAAAAAAACAGCUGAAACAUCCCCUUUCCAUUGUUGGAGGCAAUGGGGUGCUGGGGUGCCCGGGGGUUACGGGGGGAACCAUCCCAGCUGGGGGGAGGGAGGACACACUCGCUCGGCAUUUGCCUCUUAUCGCUCCUGUGUUUGCCCUCCGCAAAGCAAAGGACUCGCUCUCCCGAUGGAGCUGGGGGCUGCGGAGGGCUGCACGGGUUAUUCCCAGGGUUCCCGGCUGGAAGUUCUGAUGCACCAAACCUCUGGUGCAUAGUCUGCUCCGCUCCAUCCCACAGCCACCGGCUG